GAUCCAAAUUCUAAACACAUUAUUGUUCAUGUUGGCCCACCAUGGAAGGUGAGCGGAGGUAUGGAGUAUGGAAGGUACGGUCAGUGAGUGAUAUCGCGUACGAUACGUGUGGCCCCACAGAUCAUAUCCCAUGGCUAUGGCUGAUCAGUGAUCAUGGCUCUCUCUUCAAUUCUAUAUCCAAACGGUUUGCGUCCUCUUCUUUUUGUAUCUUCGCUUUCCAUCUGCAAACCUUAGCAAACUACUACUGAUCAUCAAUCGCCUGAAAAAUCAUCGUUGUUGAUCGACGAGAAUGAGUAGCGGUGGCGGGAAGAGAAGGACACGAGUAGGCAAGUACGAGAUUGGCAAGACGUUGGGCGAAGGCAGCUUCGCUAAAGUCAAGUUCGCUAGAAACCUCGUCACCGGUGAUGCCGUCGCCAUUAAAAUACUCGAUCGUGAGCGUAUUCUCAAACACAAGAUGGUCGAACAAAUGAAAAGAGAAAUCUCAACCAUGAAGUUGAUCAAACAUCCCAACGUUUUAAAUCUCUAUGAGGUUAUGGCAAGCAAAACAAAGAUCUAUAUUGUUCUUGAGUAUGUUGAUGGAGGCGAGCUCUUUGACAAAAUAGCCAAACAUGGGAGACUUCAAGAAGAUGAAGCUCGAAGAUACUUUCAGCAACUAAUUAACGCUGUAGAUUACUGUCAUAGUAGAGGCGUGUAUCACAGAGAUCUCAAGCCUGAAAACCUUCUCUUGGACUCAUAUGGUGUUCUAAAAGUUUCAGACUUCGGAUUGUCUCAACAAGUGGAAAAUGGUAUGCUGCACACAGCUUGUGGGACUCCAAAUUAUGUUGCUCCUGAGGUGCUCACUGUAAAAGGUUACAAUGGUGCAGCCUCUGAUAUAUGGUCUUGUGGAGUUAUCCUUUUUGUCCUCAUGGCAGGAUACUUACCUUUUGAUGAAGCAAAUCUCAUUGAAUUAUAUAGAAGAAUUGAGAAGGCUGAUUAUAGAUGCCCACCAUGGUUUUCAUCUGGUGGAAAGAAACUGUUGACACGAAUUCUUGAUCCAAACCCCAAAACUAGAAUAACAAUUUCUGAAAUCUUGGAAAAUGAUUGGUUCAAGAAAGGUUAUAAACCUCCAAAUUUUGAGCAGGAAGAAGAUGUUAGCCUUGAUGAUGUAGAUGCUGUUUUCAAUGAAUCCAAGGAACAUCUUGUUACAGAAAAGAAAGAGAAACCAGAAUCCAUGAAUGCCUUUGAGUUGAUAUCAAGAUCACAAGGUUUCAGUUUAGAAAAUAUGUUUGAGAAACAAAAGGGCCAUGUAAAGAGAGAAACAAGUUUUGCUUCCAAGUGUCCUGCUAAUGAAAUCAUGUCUAAAAUCGAGGAAACUGCAAAACCCAUGGGUUUUAAUGUUCACAAAAGAAAUUACAAGAUGAAAUUACAAGGUGACAAAACUGGAAGGAAAGGCCACCUUGCUGUGGCUACAGAGGUUUUUGAAGUGGCUCCCUCACUACACAUGGUGGAGCUCAGGAAAACCGGCGGUGACACAUUGGAAUUUCAUAGCUUUUACAAGAACUUUUCUUCGGGAUUAAAAGACAUAGUUUGGAGCAGUGAAUCAAAUAAAGAUGACAACCGAAAAUCAUGAAAUGUGAGAAGUCCAAUACAAGGCAUCAUUGUGGGUGAAUAAUAUUGGCAAUCUUGACAUUAUUGGUAACAGAAGUUGCAAUACCAUUUUGUGUUGUGACUUUUUGAUAUGCAACAUGCAUAUGCUCAAAUGUAAGUGUAAGAACCUUAAAUAAAUAUAUAUUAUCAUGUUUGGCUUUAUUAUAUGGUUGAGUGUAGGAUUUCUUUAAUAAUUUUAUUUAUUUGAUUUGAUCUUCAUAAUUAUAUUAUCUUUGUCAUAAAUUGCUUUUCAAAUUGUUUUUAUUUGAUCUUUGUUGUUUUCGUCUUGGUUUGUUAUACUUGGCGUUGAAAAGAUUGAUCAGAGUUAAGACCAAUCGUCAUCAUUCAAUUCUUUAUAAUCUUGUUUAUCAUUAUCUUCGCUUGCUUUAAAAAAGGUUGAACAUUACUUAAUUUGUCGCCUUUCUAGUAGACCCAUGAAUGUCCGAAUAAUUUUCCACAUCUUAAUUGAACAC